AUGAUAUCUGGUGACACCUUGACUGCGGAACCUGAACAGAUGGUGGAAGACGGUCAUAUGGCAAGCUCGAGCGUCAGACCCGGCACCUCCGAUGAGCAACGCCGCAAUGGCCCCCACGGACCUGGGAGGUGGUCGGACGACAAGUGGACCAAAGAGAUUUUGGAGCAAAGCGCGAUAUCACACUGGCAGUCCAAAAUGGAGCUCCGCAUCAACCAAUUUCGAGAACGUGCAAGCACCGAUGAAUGGAAAGAAAUCGAAGCAAGCCGCGCGCAAAUGAUUCUUUUGGUUGAAGAGGCUCGAAUAGCACAUGACACGCGAAACCCGGAUCGAGAUGGGAAAACAGCGACUAUCCGGGACAAUAUCAAGAAGGGGCUGAACAACGCUGCUCAAGUAACAUUUACCUACGUCCAAAUGUUGGAUGUAAUGGUCAGUCAAGCUCCAGAGCUAGUAGCCAUAGCAUACGGCGCAGUCAAGAUCAUUUUGGCGGUUCAAGUCAACUUGCAGGAGGUGAAGGAAAAGGUACCGGCGUUCAUGAAACGAGCAAGCGCGAAAUUCGAGGCGCUAGACCACCUCACAGCCUAUCGCCCGAGCCGCAAUCUCGUAUCCGCAAUCUCCCAAGCAUACCAGCUAUACAUCAAAUUCCUCGCGAAGGCUGUGAAGCUAUACACAGAAUGCCGAGCAAAGAGAAUGUUGAAAGCGACCAUCCAUCCAUGGAAGAAUAGAUUCCAGAGCAUUGUCGACGGUAUCGAGGAGAUUUUCAGCCAUAUUCGUGAAGUUUCCCAGCACCAUAACGAUCUGGAAACGCAUUUGGGUCUCCAAGCGACCAGACAAGUUCUCAACAUCGUCAGGAAUCAGCAGUCCAACGGUGAACGGAUGCUUGCCUUGCUGGAAAGGCUUUCUCAAAUGGUCCCUGUCAAUUUCAACAAAGCCGAAGAUAUCCGGGAAACAGCAACCGCCGUUCGGCAACAAGUGGAUGAGGUCAUGGAUCAACCGUGUUUGGAACGCCAGCGCAGCCAGCCCCCGACUGAAAACGAGACAGAUAUCGAUGAAGACGGCAUGAGCCCCUCAGAGGUCAUUGAUCGGGUACUCAAUGAUGUGUUUACCGAUCUAGCGCAAGAGGAAAGCCUCAAUGAUGCUGCCCGACGCACAAGAGCAAUUAUGGAGUUUCCAUCGAUGCACGACUACAAGCCUAAACAAAAGGGGCAGCUUAAAUCAGAGAGGCUUAUCAGCUGGCUCCAGUCUCCGGCCUCACAGCUCCUGUGGCUUGAUGGAAACAACCUGUUGACUGUGUCUGACUGCAACAUGCUGUUCACCAACCCUCUCAUCCUUGUGGCUGAAGGAAACUUUGAUUCCGCCUUAGUCCUUCGCCAUAGGUACGAAGACAAAGCCUCGGCUGGAUCCUAUGUUGCGCUGGCGCAAUCUUUGAUAUCUCAAAGCCUGAGAAAGAACCCUGAUAUUUUCCCCAGCAUCCGAUCGCGCAUGGGGAAAGAGACGGCCACUAAUCUGAACCACCUCUUGGAUCUCCUUAUUGCAUGCUUUCACAAAAUUAACGCUUCCUGUGUUCUCAUAAUCAUCGACGGUAUCGACAAGAUUGGCAUAGAGCAAGCGCAGUUGGAAGAAGCGUUUGUCAACCAGCUGGGUCGAGUCAUGAAUGAACCAGAACUGCUAGUCAAGGGUCCCGUUCGCGUAAUCGUGGACCAAACCGCAAGCUCACCCGGAGAGAUUCCGGCACAAGAAAUUGCCGAUCAAUAUCCCGAGAUGAAAGCUGCGGAUGUCAGGCCGGGGUUGCUUCAUAUUUGCUCCCAUGUCCUGAAUGUGCUCAUCUUGCAGGACUUUCGAUGGGGUUAG